AUGCUACUCUUCCAGCCGGCUCGGUCGGCUAUGCGCACUCGCAUAUCCGCAACGCCAAUAACCCGUUGCCUGAGUCGAAAUUACGUUUCAAAGGAAUGGAAGGGAGCCGACUCCACAGAGCACAGUACCAAGCGCGCUAAAAAGGGCGACACUGAAGAUCCGUCUUCGGCAGCCUCAGCGUCGGGUAUGAAGGAAAGAGAUGCGAACGAAGGUAUCGCAGACGACACCAAGCAGCAAGGCACGACGGAGAGAGGUGGGCGCAAACAUGGCCAGAAGGCAAAGAAGGAGCAUCCUGCUGCUCCGGAACCGAUUAUUGGCAUGAAUGAUGAACGGGCACAGAAGGGUGGUUAA